GUUGUUCAAAUUCCAUUAUACAGACUGGGUUCUCAAUACUUGGCACUGUUUUGAAUCAAUUCUUGGUAUUAUCUUCUUCUUGUUGAUUCUUGAAUAUUUGAUACUUUAUACUGCUGUGAGUUGGUAGUUACACUGAAUUGUCCUAAUCUGUGAAUUGGGUUUGGAAUUGUGCUAUCUGAAAUCUGUAUAUCUGGACCAAAGUUUUAAAAGGCUUUCUUGAGGCUCGCCUUGAUGCUCGCCUCGCCUCGCCUCGCCUCGAUGCUCGCCUCGCCUUGAGGCUAAGGUAAAAUGUAUCAAGGCUUUGAUUUUUAGGCAUUACUCCCCAAAGGCUUGCGCAUCAUAGUUUGAGACAUGCGCUUUAGGUGCGCUUUGUAUGCUUUUUGCGCACAAGCAUAUGAGGAGUAUACACAUGUAGAGGUUGCCUUGACUUUUGUUAACUUAUUUGAUUGUUUAAAUAGAAAAAAAACAAAAAAAAAAAAACCCUUUUUUGCAACUAUAUUCUACAGGAAAAAUUAAGUAAAUGAUCAAUCAAGAAAAAACACAGUUAAUGAUCAAGUGAGAAGCUUAAUCACUGAAGUUAAGAAUAUCAAUUUCACUUUCAGUGAAGGAAAACUUCCUUCUAUGCAGUAAAGUGUUCAAUGCAUUAAAGCGAAAAGUAUUUACACCUUUAUAUUUAAUUUUGUUUUUAUUUUUUUACUAUUUUAAAAUAUUUAAUUUAUUCACUAAAUAUUAAAAUUUGAAAUUUGAAAUGCUUACGCCUCAACGCCUUGAGACUUACGCCUCGCCUCAUGAGGGGUAAAACGCCUUGAUGUACGCAUUCGCUUUUAAAAACUUUGAUCUGGACAGUUUUGAGAACAUUUUGUGGUGUUGUUAUGGCUAAUCGGAGGCGAGGUCAUAGGGGUGGUCGUGGUAGGGGUUAUGCCCUGGAUUUGGGUGAUGAUACCGAGGGUAUGGGGUUCCAUAUUUGAGAGAUGAAAUAGCCGAGAUGAGACGGUAAAUUGCCAUUCUAAUCGAGACGGUGCAACGUCUCCUGCCUCCUACCAAUGGUAGUGAUGGUUUCGAUGAUACCAAAGGUGAUCAUUCUUUUGAUAAUAUCUUUUGGGCUCUACAAAGGCAUCGAACGGGUGCGGGUAGCAUGGAACACAAAUGGGAGAACAAUAUCAAGAUUGAGUUUCCCGACUUUUAUGGAAGCCUUAAUCCCAACGAAUUCAUUGAUUGACUCAACACUGUUGAGAAAAUCUUUGAUUAUGGUGAGGUUUUUAAUGAGAAGAAUGUCAAGCUUGUUGCCAUUCGGUUAAAAGGAAGAGCUUUUCCUUGGUGGGAACAACUUCAACUUAAUUGUCGGUGAUGUGGCAAAGAGAGAAAUUGUGAUUGGGAGAAGAUGAAGAAAAAGUUGAAGGGUCAUUUGUUACUGUUCAACUACCUUCAAAGUGUCUAUCAAGCACUUCAUGUUCUCAAGCAAGUUGGAAGUAUGGGUGAGUACACAAAGUCUUAUCAACUCAUUGCUCGAGUUGAUUUGUGAAGAGCAACGGGUGGCUCGAUAUGUGAGUGCCUUGAAGCCUUCGAUCCAAGAUGUUCUUGCCUUGUAUACAUUGUGUAAUGUUUCCUAUAAUCGAGCCUUACCCAUGGAAAAGUAACAAAGCCAUCAUGUCUCUCAAAUGGGACAAUACUUCCAAGGAGGGUUUUGAGGUGGUUCUAGGCUGAGUCCUCCUCCUAGCUUUGCCAAAGCUAGUCCUCUUCCAAGUUUAUAGAUAAGGGUGCUUCUUCCUCUCAAGCUCCUUGUUCUAAUGAUGCUUCCAGAAACCGAAAUCCACGUCAAGGUGGAACUUUCAAGUGCUUCAAGUGUGGAGAACUGGGCGAUAGAUCUUCCGAUUGCCGAAAGAAUAUGGGUGCUAAUCGGAACAAGGCACUUCUUAUUGAAGAAGUUGGGGAACAUGGUGACUAUGAGAGUGGUCCAAUAUAUGACACUUCAGACAAUAUUGAAAUUGGUGGAGAUAGUGAUGAAGAAGAGGGUCUUGCUCUUAUGUUGAAGAAGGUGCUUCUAUCACCAAAGCUAGAAAGCCAAGGAGAUUGGUUGCGUACCAAUAUCUUGUUUACCACUUGUAAUAUUGGUGGACGCGUUUGUAACAUGAUCAUUGAUAGUGGAAGUUGUGAGAACGUGGUUUCUCAAGAGGUAGUGGCUAAACUCAAUCUUCUGGUGGAGGACCAUCAACAUCCUUAUUCCCUAUCUUGGUUCAAGAAAAGCAAUGAGAUCAAGUUGACCAAAUGGUGUUUGAUUGCUUUUUCUAUCCGGAAGUACUUUGAUGAGGCAUGGUGUGAUGUAGUGCCUAUGAAUGCUUGCCACAUUCUACUUGGGCAUCCUUGGGUUACUUUAAGAUGCUUACUAUUAGCUGGGCAUGACCACCAAGGAUGUGGGCAGCUAUGUGAAGCGGUGUCAAAUUUGUCAAAGAAGCAAAGAGAUUGCAACUAAUGUGGGAUUAUAUAUGCCUUUACCAGUGCUAGAUGCUCCUUGGCAAUGCAUUAGCAUGGAUUUUGUGUUGGGUUUACCUCUUACACAAAGGAGGAGUGAUUCUAUUACGGUGGUGGUGGACUGUUUCUCUAAGAUGGCACAUUUCAUACUUCGCAAGAAGACUAUGGAUGCUACAAAUAAUGCUAACCUCUUCUUCAAGGAAGUCUAUAAGUUGCAUGGGGUGCCUACCUCUAUUGUGUUUGAUAGAGAUACUAAGUUCUUUGCUCACUUUUGGAGAACUUUGUGGAAGAAAAUUGACACUGACUUGAACUUUAGCACUACAUUUCAUCCUCAAACCGAUGGCCAAACGGAGGUAGUGAAUCGAAGUCUUGGUAACUUGUUGAGGUGUCUUGCGGGAGAUCAUCCCAACAGUUGGGAUGGUAUUAUUCCUUUGGCCGAGUUUGCUUACAAUUUAUUGAUCAACCGCACAAUAAAUACUUCUCCCUUUAAAGUAGUUUAUGGAAUGAAAACUUCAAGUGUUGUGGACUUGGCUCCGUUGCCUAUCUCAAGGAAGGGAAAUGCUAAAGUGGAGGUCAUGGCCACAUUCAUGAAGAAUGUUCAUGCUCAAGUUAGGGCCCAAAUUGACAAGUCCAAUGCCAAAUACAAGUCGGCCGUCGAUGUGCAUAAACGGAAAGCGUUGUUUGAUGUGGGAGAUCUCGUGUGGUCAAGGUUGUUAAGAUCGCGAUCCGGAUCGUAGGAUCGUACGAUCCUACAAUCCAUUUUUGGAGAAUCGAUCUGGAUCGUAUGCUGAAUCGCAUUUUGUUCAGGAUCGUAACAGGAUCGGUGGGAUCGUAUAUGGGAUCGUAGGAUCGUAUUUGGAUCGCGAUCCUAUACAAUCCUACUUUUGGCCUUUUUUCUCAUAUUUUUAAUACAAGUUUGAUGUGUUCUCUCUUUUCUGAAGACCCAUGACAUAAGAUUAGGGCAAAAGAUUGGGGAAAGUUGGUCACGAGAGUUGAUAGCAGACGACGAAAGCAGCAGUGAGAAGAAUCCAUCCAGCCUCCAUCCAGGUUUGUGAAUUGAGUUAACAAUGUCUGCCUCUGGUUCUGGAAGAGGGAGGAAGAGGAAAAAUGUUGCGGGUAACCAAACGGAUCCUGGUUGGGAACAUGGAAUUGAAAUAGAUGCUGCAACCAAAAAGGUACAAUGCAAGUAUUGUAACGUGACUUGAUUGGGAGGUAUAUUUAGAUUAAAGCAUCAUUUAGCUUGUACUCAUCAAAAUGUCGAGCCAUGUCUUCAAGUCCCAGAAGAUGUUAGAGAAAAGUUCAUGAGUCUUUUAAGAACUCAAACAUUAGAGUCUCAAAAUAAAGAGAAAGAUGUUUGAUGUUGGUGAUGAUUCUGAAGAGGAGGUGGAACUAUUAUCAUGUCAUCAUCAAAACAGACAAAAACGGGUGGGUGCCAUGGAUAAAUUUGUGAUGAAGAAAUCUGGACGUCAAAAUCAAAAAACUCUCAAUCAAAUGUUUAAGAAAGAAGAGAGAGAUGAUGUUUGUCAAACUAUAGCUCGUUUUUUUUGCACUAGUGCAAUUCCUUUUAAUUGUGUCAACAACCCUAUAUUUCCACUCAUGGUUAAGAAGAUUGGGGAUUAUGGAAAAGGACUUGUGCCACCAUCUUACCAUGAAAUUAGGGUGACAUUUUUAAAAAAAGAAGUGCAUGAGACACUACAAUUGGUUGAUGAGUUUAAGGAACAAUGGAAGAAGACCGGAUGUACAAUUAUGUCGGAUGGAUGGUCAGAUAGAAAGAGAAGAUCCAUAUGUAAUUUUCUUGUGAAUAGCCCUAAUGGAACUAUUUUUUUGUCAUCACUAGAUACAUCCGACAUUUCAAAAACGGGUGAAAAGGUUUUUGAGAUGUUAGAUGAGGUUGUUGAGAAGGUUGGAGAAGAAAAUGUUGUGCAAGUUGUAACUGACAAUGCUUCUAAUUAUAAAUUGGCGGGACAAAUGUUAAUGGAUAAGAGAAAGGGCUUGUUUUGGACUCCUUGUGCCGCCCAUUGCAUAGAUUUGAUGUUAGAAAAUUUUGAGAAGGAAAUACAAGUUCAUCGUGUUACAAUUGGUAAAGGAAAAAAGAUUGUGGCAUACAUUUAUUCAAGAACCAAUCUUAUUCAUUGGAUAAAGGAGUUUACAAAAGACAUUGAACUUAUAAGGCCUACGGUAACUCGGUUUGCUACCUCUUACUUGACAUUGAGACGUCUUCAUGAGCAAAAAGGUGCAUUGUUCUCUCUAUUUACAUCAAAGAAGUGGAGGAAUAGUAGAUUUGCGAAGUCUGAAAAGGGGAAAAAAAUUGAAAAUAUUGUUUUGGACAAUCGACAUUUUUGGAAGGGCGUUUCUACCUGCUUGAAGGCUGCAGUACCUCUCAUUAAGGUACUUAGGUUGGUGGAUUUGGAUGAGCAUCCGGCAAUGGGAUUCAUUUAUGAAGCAAUGGAUCGUGCGAAAGAGGAAAUUCAAAAGAAUUUCAAUAAUGUCCUAACAUGCUAUGAUCCUAUAUGGGCCAUCAUUGAUAGAAGAUGGGAAAUCCAACUCCAUCACCCAUUGCAUGCUACAGCAUACUUCUUGAACCCUCAGUUUCAUUAUAGUCCCAAUUUUCAAGCUGAUGUAGAGAUUAAAAUUGGGUUGUACAAAUGUCUUGAAAAAAUGGUCCCUGACACUAAUGAGAGGGUGAAGAUAGAUUUGCAAAUUGAUGCAUUCAAGAAUGCAAGAGGACUCUUUGGUAUACAAAAUGCAAUCUUGACUAGAAAAAAGAAAUCUCCAGGGGAUUGGUGGGACUCUUUUGGUGAUGAAUGUCCUGAGUUGAAGAGGUUUGCAAUUAGGGUAUUAAGUCUAACAUGCAGUUCAUCAGGGUGUGAGCGCAAUUGGAGUGCUUUUGAGAUGGUACACUCAAAGCGGAGGAAUCGUUUAUACCAAAAGAGAAUGAAUGACUUGGUCUUUGUCAUGUACAAUUUGAAACUGAGACAAAAGCACAAGAAUAGACAAGCAAUCAUGAAUCCAUUAUGUUUGGAUGAUGUUCCAUCAGACGAUGAGUGGAUAACAGAGAGAGAGAAGCCGACUCUUCCAAGAGAAGGAAAUUGGUUGAGUGUGCUUGAUAGGAAUGCUCGACAUGGAUGUCAUUCAGAAGAUGAGGAGGUAGAUGCUCUUGCAAGGGAUUUGGAACAAGCAUGCUGUGACCAUAUUGGAGAAAAUGUCGAUGAAAUUCAUGAAGUAAGUGAUGAUGAUGAUAUGGAUGACAACAUGAAUGCUCCAAGGGAUUUUGAUCAUGACUUUGAUGAUGCUACUAUUGGUGAUGAUGACAUUGAGGAGUUGGGUGGCACGGUGGGUGUUGAUGAAGAUGAGGGAGACAAUGAGAUCAACAAUGUUGUUGAUUGUGGCAAUGAUGAUUUCGGCGAUGAAGAUGAUGACUUAUUUUAGUCUCUUAUUUAUUUAUUCUUCUCUUAUUUUAGUUUGUUUUCUUAAGGAUAUCAAUGUUGUGCAAGUGUUAACUUGAAGACUUGAAGUUGAAUUGCUAUUUUCUUUUAGUAUGUUCUUUUGUUAAGAUUUGAGGAAAAUGUUUGAAUGACAACUUGAAUUGAAUUGCCA